AUGUGGGUCCAUGGGUCCAGCCCCACAUCUCCCCCCAUGUGUGGGGCAGGGACGGGAGCCUGACCCGCGAGGAGGUCCUGGCCUAUUUCCUGCGCUGCAGCGAGGGGCCCCCCCCGGGCCCCCCCCAUUGCUUCGUGGGCAGCUCCCCCCUGCGCCCCACUGCCUGCAGCCACUGCGCCCGCACGAUUUGGGGUCUCCACCGGCCGGGGCUGAAGUGCCGCAGCUGCGGCCUGCGCUGCCACGCCGCGUGCCGGGACUUGCUCCGUGCCCGGUGCCGACCCCGCGGCUGCAGCGUCACCGGGGCCCCCCCCGCGCCCAGCCCCCCAGGACCCCCCAAGGAGCUGCAGGAGCUGGAGGAUGGGGUCUUCGAUGUUCACCUCUAGGCAUGGGGGGGGAGGGGCACUUGGGGGGCUGGAGCCUGAACUUGGGGGGCUGGACCCCAGGGACCCUCAACUUGGGGGGCUGGACCCCAGGGACCCUCAACUUGGGGGGCUGGACGUUGGGGUUCACCCCUCCUGCCCCCUUUCUGCAGGGUCCCCGGGGCUCUGGCCCUCCCUGGCCCCGUUUGAUCCCUGGACCCUUCCCCACACUUGGGGGGCGAUGUGGGGCAGAGCUUGGGCCUGCAAUAAAUUGUCCGUUUGAAGGCUAG